UUAUCAGCUGUGGAGAUCCAGGAGUCCCGGCCAAUGGCAUGAGAUAUGGUGAUGAUUUUGUUGUUGGACAAAAUGUUACUUAUAUGUGCCAGCCUGGUUAUACAAUGGAAUCAAAUAGCUCCUUAAUUCGCACUUGUACUAGCAAUGGCACGUGGAGUGGAGUAAUCCCAACAUGCAAAGCUGUUACCUGCCCAACUCCUCCACAGAUCUCUAAUGGAAGGUUGGAAGGAACAAACUUGGACUGGGGAUUUAGCAUUAGCUAUGUCUGCUCUCCGGGAUAUGAACUCUCUUUUCCCGCUGUUUUAACUUGCAUUGGAAAUGGAACAUGGAGUGGUGAAGUACCUCAGUGCUUACCAAAGUUUUGUGGUGACCCUGGAGUACCUGCUCAAGGGAAAAGAGAAGGUAAAAGCUUCAUCUAUCAGUCAGAAGUCUCUUUCAGCUGCAGUCCACCUUUUAUUUUGGUUGGCUCCAACACCAGGAUUUGCCAAGCAGAUGGCACGUGGAGUGGUUCUUCUCCUCGAUGUAUAGAACCCACUCGCACAGCAUGUGAAAAUCCAGGAGUCCCAAGGCAUGGGUCACAAAACAACACAUUUGGCUAUCAGGUGGGAAAUAUUGUUCAAUUUCAGUGCAAAAAAGGACACCUUCUCCAUGGCUCAACAACACGAACUUGCCUUCCUGAUCUUACGUGGAGUGGAAUCCAGCCAGAAUGUAUACCUCACAGCUGUAAACAACCGGAAACACCAAGUCAUGCUAAUGUUGCAGGAAUGGACCUUCCCUCAUUAGGUUAUACAUUGAUUUAUACCUGUCAGCCAGGCUUCUUCCUGGCAGGAGGAUCAGAGCAUAGAGCCUGUAGGUCUGAUGGCACAUGGACUGGGAAAGUUCCCGUUUGUGAAGCUCACAGCUGUAAACAACCGGAAACACCAAGUCAUGCUAAUGUUGCAGGAAUGGACCUUCCCUCAUUAGGUUAUACAUUGAUUUAUACCUGUCAGCCAGGCUUCUUCCUAGCAGGAGGAUCAGAGCAUAGAGCCUGUAGGUCUGAUGGCACAUGGACUGGGAAAGUUCCCGUUUGUGAAGUUGCCAUCAUGGAAACAUGGUGGGACGACUCACACAGUUUGAGUGUUUCAAUGGAUGGCUAUAAACUCUUCAGACGGGAUAGUCGAGGAAGGAGGGUAUCCCUGUAUACUCCCUCUGGUUCCAAAAUAUUAGUGAAGGAUCCCAGACCGGCUUUGGGAACACCAAGUCCCAAACUAAGUGGUCUUAACAUGUCUGAGGGUUCAAAUUCUUCUAAUCAACAACAUGGUACAAAUAGUAGUUCAGUGGCCAUUGCUAUCCUUGUGCCUUUCUUUGCUCUUAUAUUUGCUGGUUUUGGUUUUUAUCUUUAUAAACAAAGGACUGCACCUAAAACACAGUAUACAGGAUGCUCUGUACAUGAAAAUAAUAAUGGACAAGCUGCUUUUGAAAACCCCAUGUAUGACACAAAUGCAAAGUCUGUGGAAGGGAAAGCGGUACGAUUUGACCCCAACUUGAACACCGUUUGCACAAUG